AAUCAUAUAAAAAAAGAAGAAUUUUUUUUUUGCUACCCAAAAAAUUCAAUGGAAUUUUUGUUUAUUUUGUUUUAAAAAAAAUUUGUUGAUAAGAUUUCGGCGGUAUUUAUAUUAUAAAUUUUAUUUAAAUGAACUAAAUUUGUUAUAAAAUUUCUAAUUAUUUGUUUAAUAAAAUGUUAAUAUAAUUAAAUAUUUUUGUGUAUAUAUUUACAAAAUACAGUACAGAGAAAAAUAUUAGAAAAAAAAAAGAGUUAAGUAGCUGAGAGUUCAGUAAACGGAAAUUGUGUUAUACUUACUUGCUCUUAUAAUUAAAUCUUCUUAUCAAAAAAAAAAAAAGAAAAACAAAAAUAAUAACAAAAUUUUAUUUUAUUUUUCAUCUCAUUUUAUACAUUUAAAUUUUUAUUGCUACAAAAAUAAUAGGCGUGCGAACCUUACUGAAUUUGAAAAUUACUUAAUAAGCUAAGAGUUACAAAAAAAAGAAAAAAGAAGAAAAUAAUGUAUUUAUUAAAUAUUUAUAAAAUUUCUAGUUUAUUUUUAUUUAUAUUAAUUAAUAAAUUAUCGAUUAUUAAUGGCCAUUUAAAUUUAUAUUUAAAUUAUCAUGAGGUUAUGAAAUUAUUAGGUCUUUCAGCUGAACUUUAUUAUGUAAGAGAAGGUCAAAUAAAUGAAUAUGCAAUGCAUUUUGUUGUACCAAUUGCAGCACAAAUAUCUGAAAUAACAUUUACAUGGCAAAGUUUAGCUGGUCGUCCAUUACCAUAUCAAAUAAAUGUUAUGUCAUCAGAUCCAGAUGUAUUACCACGUCCAACAUUAAAUAUAACCCGAAUUGGUGAUAUACCAACAUCAGUACAAACAUUUGCAAUUGGUAUGAAAUGUUCUGGUCUUAAAGCAGCUGAAGUUCAUUUAACAAUUUCAAUUGAAGUUAUAUUAAAUCGUGCCCUAAAUAAUAUCACUGAAAUAACAUUAAAACGAAAAAAAAUUUGUUUAUUAAAUUCAGAAAUUGAUGAUAAUAAUAUUAAUGAUCCAUUAUUAUUAGAAACGGUAAUACCACCACAAAGUGGUUUUAUAACAUUUAUAAUUGGUGGUGUAUUAGCAUUAGUAUUAGUUGCAUUACUUUUAUUAAUUGCAUAUUGUGCACGUGGUCCAGUUAAAAGUGGUAUACCAAUAAAUACAAAUCAUUUAAUGAAAACAUCAAGUUUUCAACAUAUACAUCAUAUACAACAGAGACCACCACCAACACAAUCAUUACAAUUACCAAUAAAUAUACCACAAUCAACUGUAACAUCAAUAUAUUUAUCACCAUCAACAUGUGAUCCAACAUAUGCAACAUUACCACGAUAUAAUAAUACACAUAAUAGUGGUUAUCAAUCUGAACCGGAACAAUUUCAUCGUCGUAUUUCUGAAGUAACAGUACAAAGAUGUCGAGUACGUUUAUCAAAUUUAAUACAAGAAGGACAAUAUGGUAGAGUAUAUAAAGGAACAUAUAAUAAUAAUCAAGAGGUUUUAGUUAAAACUGUAUCACAACGUGCUAGUCAAAUACAAGUAUCAUUAUUAUUACAAGAAGGUAUGAGUUUAUAUGGUGCACAACAUUCUGGUAUUUUAUCAGUAUUAGGUGUAUCAAUAGAAGAUCAUGCAACACCAUAUGUUUUAUAUCCAGCACCAAAUAAUACAAGAAAUUUAAAAUUAUUUUUAAUGGAUAAUAUAAGUGGUAAUACAAUACCACGUGGUAUAACAACAAUACAAAUUGUUUUAAUGGCAAAUCAAUUAGCAAUGGCUUUAGGACAUUUACAUAGACAUGGUGUUAUACAUAAAGAUGUAGCAACAAGAAAUUGUGUAAUUGAUGAUCAAUUAUGUGUUAAAUUGGCUGAUAAUUCCUUAUCAAAAGAUUUAUUUCCUGGUGAUUAUCAUUGUCUGGGUGAUAAUGAAAAUCGUCCAAUUAAAUGGUUAGCAUUAGAAACAAUACAACAAAAACAUUUUUCUGAAGCAAGCGAUACAUGGGCAUUUGGUGUACUUAUGUGGGAAUUAUGUACAUUUGCAAAACAACCAUAUGCUGAAGUUGAUGCAUUCGAAAUGGAAUUAUAUUUAAGAGAUGGUUAUAGAUUAGCACAACCAUAUAAUUGUCCAGAUGAACUAUUUACUAUAAUGGCAUAUUGUUGGGCAUUAUCACCAAUUGAACGUCCUAAUUUUAUUCAACUUCAAAGUUGUUUAUCAGAUUUUUACUCACAAUUAACAAAAUAUGUUUAAAAAUUUCAAUAUUCACAAAAUAUAUUUAGUUAAUAAGAAAAUUUU